AUGAUAUCAACGAAACAAUGUGACCUAAAUGCCUUUGAAAAAGCCAAUGUCUGCUUCUGUAAUAGACACUAUUCUACGUCUGUAAGUAGCUGUCUCGGUAGCAUACUUAUGGACGUCUCCUCGAGAAAUUUCUGGUUGUUUAAAGUGGCAUCUCUGCCUCGACUACCUGUGCCUGAGUUGACCAAAACCUGUGAGCGAUAUGUGGAGGCACUCAGACCUAUCAUCUCAGAUGAGAACCAAUUGAACGCAACUAAACAAUUGGUCAAAGAGUUUGAGUCUUCCGAUGGAAAGACACUUCACUCACAACUCAUAGAAGAGAAUAAGCGAAACGCGAAGACGAGUUAUAUAUCUCAGCCAUGGUUUGAGUACUAUCUCAAGUCGCGAACUCCUCUACCAAUCAAUUACAACCCAUUCCUCGCCUGGAAGGACGACCCGAACCCCGAAUACAACACUCAGCUCUUGAGGACAUCAAACAUGAUCUUAAGUGCAAUGCGUUUCCGGCGCUCAUAUGUGGAGCAACUGUUGGCACCGGAAGUGUUUCAUUUAAAUCCUAUCAAAAGUGAUACAAAGCUCUAUAGAAAUGUCAUGAAAUGGACACCGGAUCUGAUCGCAACGUAUGCCUCGUUUGCCUUUAAAGCCUUUCCUCUGGAUAUGAGUCAAUUCGAGUCACUCUUCUCUUCCACUCGAAUACCGAAACAGAAUUUCGAUGAAUUGAUUCGAUACCCAAACUCCAGACAUAUCUCUGUCUUAAAAAAUGGUCAGUUCUUUGUGUUUGAUGUCAUGGAUUCAAACGGAGAUCUAAAAGAGCCGUCAGUUAUAAUGACUUGUAUUCAACAUAUAAUGGAUUCACCGAUAAAUCCAAACGAAGACUCUAUUACUCUAUUAACGACUGAAAACCGAGACGUUUGGGCGAAAGCGAGGGAACAGUUGAUAGGUUCAAGCGCUCAGAACAAAGAGAGCCUCCAUUUAGUGGAUUCUUCACUAUUCGUGGUCUGUUUGGAUGACAUAAGUGUCGGCGAGAAAACUGCGGACAACUUAAUACGAGUGGCGCAUAACUUUCUGCACGGAUUCAGUGAUAAGACUAAGAACUAUGUGAAUCGAUGGUACGAUAAGUCGUUUACAAUUCUCAUGUCAAGAGACGGUCGACCGGCCAUUAACUUCGAGCACAGUUGGGGCGAUGGAGUGGCUGUCCUGCGAUUCUUCAAUGAAAUAUAUCAGGACUCGACUCAAAACCAUUUCGUUCACCCAAACAGUCCAUUGAAUAAAGCAAUUGAUGUCUCGAAAGAAGUAAAGAAAUUAAGUUUUGAGUUGAAUGAGGGUCUGAGGAGUGCUGUAAAAGCAGCCAAAAGUAAUUACGCGAAGAAUACCGAAAAUCUUGAGUUAAAUUUCACGAAAUACGACAAAAUGAACAGAGAAUACAUGAAACGCAAGAAAGUUAGUCCGGACUCUAUAUUUCAGUUGGGCUUUCAAAUGGCUUUCUAUCAGUUGUACAACACAUUUGUGGCCACAUAUGAGUCAUGUUCGACCUCUGCUUUCAAACACGGGAGGACUGAAACUGUGAGAUCCGCUACAAUGGCCACAAAGAACGCAUCCAUUGCUUUCUUGAAACACCAAAAGCCCAGUGACUCGGAAUUGAGACAAUUGCUGGACGAGUGCUCUAAAAGACACUUUCAACUCACAAAAGAGGCUGCAAUGGGACAGGGAUUUGAUAGACACCUGUUUGUUAUGAAAUAUUUGGCUGAAAAGACAGGAAAAUCUAUUCCAGAGUUGUAUCUAGAUAAGAGUUAUACGGAAGCAAAUAACUUCAUACUCUCGACAUCUACUUUAUUCGGUGAAUGCUUCGAAGCGGGAGGUUUCGGACCAGUAGUUCCCAAUGGAUUUGGUUGUGGUUAUGGGUAUACAGAGAAUAUUCUGGGGAUUAUAGUGUCUUCUUAUGCUCCGCAUAGAAAUGGCAAACAGUUUGUCGACGCGUUUAGCAAUUCACUCGACAGAACCGGUUGUUGUCCCGUCAACUGUUCCAACACUUUGGACGCUCGCGUCAGUCUGUCCCCCGACGGAGAUCUAAAAGACCCGUCAGUUAUGACUUGUAUUCAACAUAUAAUGGAUUCACCGAUAAAUCCAAACGAAGACUCUAUUACUCUAUUAACGACUGAAAACCGAGACAUUUGGGCAAAAGCGAGGGAUCAGUUGAUAGGUUCAAGCGCUCAGAACAAAGAGAGCCUCCAUUUAGUGGAUUCUUCACUAUUCGUGGUCUGUUUGGAUGACAUAAGUGUCGGCGAGAAAACUGCGGACAACUUAAUACGAAUCGCGCAUAACUUUCUGCACGGAUUCAGUGAUAAGACUAAGAACUAUGUGAAUCGACAAAAAGUUCAAAAGGAAAAUAUGUUAUAA